ACUAAUAUCAAUAAUAUUAGAAAAUAUUAGUAUUAUUUGGCAAGAAGAAAAAAAUAUUCAUAAAAGUAGUACCGUACUGUACUUACCAAUCUAUCUUAUAAAGUAAAAAUUAACUUGAAAAAAAAUAUUUUAUCUAAGAGAAAUUGUAAAUUAGAAGAUAUGCAUUAAAAUAACUUUUUAUUUGUAACUGGAUUUUCUUCGAAGCCAGAAAUACUUUAAAGAAAUCACUCUUUUCUUAAUGAUCCUAAAUAGAGUGGGUCACAUGAUAUCAAUCAAAAUAAAAAACCCAAAACAGACUUUGUUUAAAAAAAUAAAAUAAUAAUAAAAAUAUAAAAAAUAUAAAAUCAAUAAUAAAAUGGAGAAUAAAAUAUGGAACCAAAUCCUCUUAAAAAUGCAUAAAUUAAAAUUAAAAAAUCUUAGUUUUCAAAAAAAUUGAAUUAAAGCGUUGGACUUGAUGAUUCAAGAGAAAAUUGCAGCGAUAUUGUAAAAUUAAGCUAAUCGUUUGACUGUAAAUUAGGAUAGGCUAAGAAAAUAUUACGUAGAAUAAUUCCAAAAGAUUAGCAAUACUAAAAUCGUCCAUUUUCUACUAUGGAGAGAUAUGUAGAAGAAUCAAAUGAAAAUCAAACUAAAUUUAGAACUAAUUUCAUUAAGUUUGAAUAAGACAAAGAAAAUCAAGAUAUGAAUUAAAAUUUUUAGCUAUAAAACGAAACAAAUAUCAAAGAUAGUACCUGUUCCAAAAGUGAUAACUUAAACCAAAAUAAAAAUAGUGAACAUGGUAUGUCUAGUAGUACGAAAAGUGAUUAAAAUUAAAAAAAAUAUGGGAUUAAAUGUGCUACUUAACCUGAUCUUGACAACUCAAUUGUUGAAAAUAACUAGUUAUUAGACAUGGUAGAUUUAAAUGAUAUUAACUUGUAAAAUAACAGGUUAAAAGCUCAACUUAAUAAUCAAAUAUUAACAAACUAUAUUGUAAAAGAUAGCUAUUUUAACUAAGAUAAAAAGAGAGAUAAUUUACAACCUAAAAAUCUUAAAACUUCUGUAAUUGAAGCAAAAAAAAAAUUUAUAAACGUUAGAAAUAUUGUUAAUUAGAGUUUAGGCGAACCGACUUUAGAUAUUAGCGAUGAGACUUAAAAAAUAUAAGGCAAUAAUAAAAACUUUAAGAUCUUACGAAAAUCAAAUUAGCAUGAGUAAAAUUUGAUUGAUUAGUAUGAUAUGAAUAGCAAUAACAAUUAUAUAAAGUUAUAGCAAACUCAAAAUUAAUUAAAUGCAAGUAAAAAUAAGAAAGAUACUGAUAGCUAUUCAACUUUAACUUUCAAUUAAAAAUCCACUGUUGAUUAGACUUCUCCAAGUUAAUAAAAUACUAAACAAAUUUAUUAAAGCCAAUAAAAUAAUGCUUAGUAAAAUAGAAGUACUGUUAAUAAUUAAGAAACAAGAAUCAAUUAAAUGUAAGAGUAAAAUAUAAAGAUAAAUGGCUUAAAUCAAUCUUAUAAUCAACAGCUUUCAGAAAAUAUUUAAUCUAAUUAAUAAGAUAUUCCUGAGUCUCAAACUCAAAACUCUUAAACAGUUUCGUAAAUUAACAACUCAUAAAUCGAUAAUAAUGAGUAACAAUUUUAUUAAUAGGAAGCUAAUAUUUUUAAACAUUAGCAAAGAGUUAUUCAUAAAAGUUAUGAUUACUAAUUAGGUGUUAAAAAUUUUGCAAAUUAAAAUCCUUUAUAUUAAUCAAAUUUUGAAAAUGAAUAGUAAUUAAUAGGCAGUUAUCCACAAUAAAAUUUAUUAACCGAAAGUAAUCAUAAUUAACCCAUUACAGAAAAAUUUAAUAACUAAAACAGUAAAAACCAUGGGUUGAUGAAAUAAAAUCUAAUUCUUUUCUAAAACAAUAAAAAGCAGGAAACUCUUAAAAAUAAUAUAGCCAACUAGAAUUGUAGUUAAAUUUCUUCUCAAUUUUAAAUGGAAUUAGUUUCUGACUAAGGAUUCAAGCCUCAGCAAUAUGGAAAAUCACCUUUCAAAUAAAAUACAAAAUAAAUAAUAAUCAAUCCAAAUCUAUAAAAAAAAUUUAAUUUUAAUUAGCAGUAAGUUCAAUAAAAUUAAUAAUAAUUAAUGAAUGCUUAUAUUGAUAUGAAUUAUAGAGCCAAUACUGAACCUGUUUCUUAGUAAAAUUCAAUAAAUCAAUACACUCCCUUAUCUUUAUAAAAGAAAAUUAAUACUCAAAGUAACAUAAAUAAUAAGUCUAAAUAAAAUGCAGAUGGCCACUUCAAUAACUUUUUAGAGGAUUUUAAUUUAGAUAGUAUCUCUAUCAAUGCAAACCAGCCUUUGACUAAGAGUAGCCAAAAAAGUCGUAAAACUGUUAACUAAGUUUAAUACCACUUUGAAAUAAAUUCACAAUCAGGAGUUACACCUUUAUCUUUGUAAAAUAAAUCUAAUGCUGCUCUUAAAAAUACUAUAAGAGGGUAAAGCUAUUCUUAAUAGAACCAAUACAAUACUAAUAACAUAUAUCAAAAUAAUUAAUAAAUCUAAAAAUACGUUAAAAGUGCUAGCAGCUUGGGAUUUAACGAAGCAGACCAAAAAAGCAACUACAAUAUAAUAUCACAUCCUCCUCUUCUUUCACAGUCACAAGAUAAUAUUAGUGACAGUUCACUAUUAUCAAAUAAUUAUGUGCCAUUUCCCAUGUAAGGAAAUUAAAUAUUUAAUUCUAAUUCAACUUAAUCAAGAAAGAGUGGAGGAACUGGAGGGUAAAAUUUAAUAUUUUAAUUUCAUGAAGUUAACUAACAUUAAAAUAACUAAAGAUCCCAAAGUUAAAAUGCAAAUAGAAAUCAUGAAAUGAAUUUCAAUUUAUCUAUAGAUAGAACCUCAUAAAUUAGUGGGUCUUAGAGAAGUUAAUCAAAUCACAAUAACUUAAACUAAUUUCAAAAUUUUAAACCUUAGUCUCUUAACUUUGCUCCACCUUCUUGUUCAUCAAUUUAAAGCCUUUAUUCAUCAAAAUGCCAAAAUCAAUUACAAAGCAAAUAUUGUAACUCAAACACAAUAAACAGUUCAAAAAAUUUAAUAGGAGAUUUUAACUAAAAUACAAUGAUGAAAGAAAUGUAUACAGAAUUAGAUGAAGAUGUUCGUAUAUUUGAUUGUUCUCCAAAGAGAAUAAUGCAAUUAAAAUAAAAUAACCUUUAAAGAUCUUCUGUAACUCUUAGUUAAAGUUAAUUGGACUUUAGCAACACAAAUAAUUUGACAUCUACUUCAUCUAAGUUUGGGCUAAAUAACUAAAACUAAUAAAAUGACUUAAAAUAGUUUAACGAAACUGCUAAAGUAUUUAUCAGCAAAUUAGACAAUACAAAUAAAGCUAGUGAAACUAAUUAACUAAUAGAACAAUAUUUAAAUUAAGUACGUAAUAGGAUAACAUAAUUAAAAAAUAAAAAGAAAAAUACUGAAAUAGAUCUUAUUUUAGUAAACACUAAAAUUAUCUAAGAAAUAGAGUAAACAAAUACAAAUCAAAAGUAAAAAAUGCCCCACAACCUCUCUUAGUAAUUAGACGAAAUAUAUUAGUAGAUUAAAAAAAAUAUUUUUAUUUAUUCUUGCCAAUGA